UCCUCUAUGGUGGCAUGGGCCGCAUUGGCUGCGAGCUCACAGCGAACCUUGGCUUAAUCCCUCAACACAGCUCAACACCAACCUCGAACUGAAGUCAAACAAGAUGUCGCAUCUAACGCAGACCGCUGGCGAAUGGGAUCUUUUGACCAGAUACCACUCGUUCAACAUACUCAAGCGAGUAACCGCUUACGUAAUCCGCUUCGUAAAAAACUUACGAAUUGCCGCCUCUCGCUCUAACGCAGAGAAACGAAGACUGGGUCCGUUAAUCUGCGCAGAAAUUCAAGAAGCCGAAUUAGUUUUGGUAAAGUAUGUUCAAUCUAACGCCUUCGAGCAAGAAGUUUUUAAUUGCAGUUCAAGGAAGCCGGUACCCGUUCGGAGCAGUCUUAUACGUUUACAGCCGUUUCUGGACGCUAAGGGCGUCCUACGUGUAGGAGGUCGCAUCGAAAAUUCUACACUUUCCAACGAUGCUAAGCAUCCAAUAAUACUGCCAAAGGGGUCUUCGUUGGCAAAGAUAAUCGCUGCCGAAGUGCAUAUCACAACGCUACAUGCUGGGCUUCAAAUAAUGCAGGCUACGCUUCAACGUCGAUUCUGGGUCCCCGGUAUUCGAAGCCUCGUUCGAGCCAUAUAUCGUAAAUGUGCUCGCUGCAAACGUCUCAAUCACAAGCCGCUGCAACAGCUCAUGUCCCAACUUCCGCUCAGCCGUGUAACUUGUGCACGGAGCUUUCUCCACAGUGCUGUAGAUUUUGCUGGGCCUUACGCUUUGAAAUUCUCCCACGGAAGAGGUGCUAAGUCAACGAAGGCAUACAUUUGUUCGUUUAUAUGUAUGAGUACAGGCGCAAUGCACCUGGAACUAGCAGGUGACCUUUCUUCAGUUGCGUUUAUCGCUGCGUUCAAACGUUUCACCAACCGAAGGGGCUACUGUCAGCAUAUCUACUCUGACAACGGAACGAAUUUCGCUGGCGCUGAAAGGGAGUUACGCAUCGCAUACGAACGCUGCAUCAGCGACGAUAAGUUGUCGUCGUACUUCACCGAUACGCAUACCACUUGGCACUUUAAUCCACCCAGCGCCCUUCACAUGGGCGGUUAUUGGGAAGUGGGCAUAAAGCGCGUCAAGUAUCACUUAAAGCGUGCGCUGAAUUCAACACUCCUGGCGUAUGAAGAAUUUUCAACCGUGCUAACCGAGGUCGAGGCUUGUGUGAACUCUCGUCCUAUCUGCUGGAUAUCCACAAACAUUAACGAUUUGGAAGUCUUGACUCCCGGCCAUUUUUUAGUUGGCGAACCAUUGAAGACGCUCCCCGAUCCCGAUGUGGAAAUGUUCAAGGGUUCUCUUUUCCAACGAUGGCAGCUCAUCACGUCAAUAAGACAACACUUCUGGAAGCGCUGGCGUGACGAGUAUCUUGUAAACCUUCAGCAAAGAACAAAAUGGUUCCGCUCAACGCCAAAUCUGCAGAAGGACGAUGUGGUUGUCAUACACGAUAACAACGCCCCACCUACCAAAUGGAAACUUGGACGUGUACUUGAUAGCCACCCCGGCACCGACGAUCGCGUGCGUGUUGUCAGCUUAAAGACCGCAGAAGGUGAACUCUUGAGACCCAUUUCGAAACUAACGACCACUUGA